AGGGUCGUCAUAAUAUUGGUAAUGAAUUUGAAAUCUGGUCAGCUCGUAUAGAUAAAAGUAUACAAUAAAUGAUUUCCGCAAACAAAUCAAAACCAAAAACCACGAGAAAUGAAUCUGCCUAGGCUUGAUACGUUUAGAAGUUGUUAAACAAUUUAAGAAGACAUUAUUUGCAUGAAUGUCAAGCGACAUCUAACUGAUCCAAGGCAUCUGGCACAUAGACAGAGUACAAAUACAUGGAGUAGCAUUAAGUGAACCCUGAUGUUUAAAUUUACCCCUGAUUUGUAGAUUUAGGUGAACUAAUUUUCUGUUAAGAUAUCAUCAUGUUUUCUAUAAUUGUUUACCAACUGUAUGUCUGGAUUGCAUUUCUUCUCGGAAUGAAGAUAAAAAAAGUUAUCAACUUUGUAAUUUACCGUCCGUACACCAACGGUUACUGUGUAUGUGUCCGACUGUGUGAUAAUUUUUCAGACUACCAUAUGAAAGAUUACCUGAUUCAUGGUGGAUCAGAAAUCGCAAAAGGUCGAUUUGUUGUAACGGAUGGAUUGGGACCAAACUCACCAAAUCUCUGCAUACGCAUCUGGCAUGAGAAAUUGGUUGCAAAUCCAGAUUCAAAAGCAAUCAGCUUUAAGAAACUCUUUUCCCUUGGUUACACCCAGCAAAUUAACUUCAGUCUAGCAUGUUUGAAUAAUGAAGAUAAUUUUGAGUCUCAGUGGUUGGAAUGUCUCAUCUCGAGCACAGAUGGUAAACUUAAGGUAGAUGAAAUAAUGUUUUUUCUUCCUGAGCAUUUUCCUAUAGUUGGCACAAGAAACAAAAGCAUUCCAGGUUUAAACCAGGUUCAUUCUUCACCUGUUGAGUUUGCCAACUCUAAUAUAAGUGGUAACAUCAUGAUUGAUAUGGGUAAAAGCAACAAUUUAGCGAAAGAGGAAAAUGUAACUGGCAAUAAAACUACUGUAAACACUCGCACAAUGAUGGAUUGUCCAUUUGGAGCUGGUGAAGUUACAUACAACAAUAACACAGAUAUCCCAGACAGCACAUCAACACCAGAUGAAGAGGAAAGCAGUGAUGAACAUGAUGAUUAAGAACAUCAAUGAACUAUGAAUGCCAAGAAUUGCAAAAUUUUUAUUUCUAUAACCGAUAAAUGAAUUGUGUCUUCCUGUAUUUUCUCUGAUUUUAACUUUUUUUUAAUUUUGUUUGUAAUGUUUUCGCUUGUUGUUGCUGUAAAUUAUUUUACAAAUGCUGCGUGUAUUGCUAAAGUACUUAUUGAGUAGAAGUAGUGGCUUUUAUUUUUUUAAAUUUUACAUGCCGGCUUUGUGGAUGGGGUAACAGUUCUAACAUGUCUCCUGUUACACACCAUACGUUUUGUCUUAAUACUUAUUCAUAGUUCCAUCUUCCAGUUAUGUUUAUAAAUAUUUUUUUUCUUAUAGUUUACCGCACUUAUGUUAUGUAGUCAUGCCUAUUCCUUAACCAGAGGUAACUGGAUUCAAGGCUCAAUGCCACCACUAAAUCUAUUACACACCAUAUACUUUGUCUUAAUACUUAUUCCUAGUUCCACCUUCCAGUUAUGUUUAUAAAUAUAUAUUUAUUAAAACAGCACCAAAGUUCAGCACUUUCAUCUUGCCAUGUAAUGGUAUUGUUUUUUUUAUCUAUUUUACUUGUUUUUAGUUCAAUUAUUAUGUAUUCACUUUUUGUAAAGUUUUAUAGAUUGUAUUCUCUAGCGGUCUAGCCUAUAUUACUAUAGUAGCCUAUAUCGCUAAUACUAAAGUGAUCAAAUAUAACAUUUUAUAUUGAUUUGGGUGCUUUUAUUAAGCUAAGAUCUGAACAUUGUGAUGGAUUUAAAUGAAGUGGAACAGAGAAUCAUUCAGAGCAACACCUUCUCCAUGAACUUGGAGGAAUUCAAAUCUCUUUUCCCGAAAAAAUUACAAAAUUCUGUAAAUAUUUCUCACCUGCAUCACGCGAUCGCAAAGAAAAACUUGGAUGCUGUGAAUAAAGUGAAGGACAAACUACGAGAGGAAUUCGCAGAAGAAUCUGCAAGCGAUGAAUCGCGUGAAAACUACGUCUUUGCAGCUUUGGAAAAGUUGGACAAACAUUUAGAUCUGGACUUGGAUUACUUAACUGAAUGCGAGACUGCAUGCGAAAGUGUUCUCGCGCAAUACAUAGGUUACAUGCAGCAAAGAUCUGAAUAUGCAUCAAAUGAUAUUGGGAACAAAACUCCUGAUGCAGGAUCCAAGAACAUGGGAUUAGAUUCUCAUCUUAAACUUUUCAGAUUGCCAUAAAUUUUUUACUUCGGCUAAAAUAUUAAGCUGCUAUCUUUGUUUUAGAAAAUAUUUUUAAAUAACGAACUCCCAAUGCGUCAUAGUUUAAGGUUGCUAUUUUCAAUUUUACUUCUUACACUACUUUACCUAAUACAUUGUUUUCUUGUCAUACAAUUAUCAACAAUUUUAAUGCUUUUAUUUUCUACGAACAGAUAUGUGUCUGGUGGAGUAGGAGUUUAAUUUGUACCUUAACCUGUACAGUUUUGUGCCAUGGAGUAUCUAUCAUGGUCUUCUUUACCACAGCACAUCCUUGUAGAGGUUUACUCCUACUUACCAAUGAACGAUCGCUUAAACACAAGUCUCGUCUGUAAAUGGUGGUCGGACUGUUUCCACCACCCAGCACUAUGGAGUCGGUUUCUCUUUAAAUUUGACACAGACGUAGACAGCGAGGGUCUUGCCGUGACUGCUAUUGAGAAAUAUUGCAAUGAGUUGAAGGAGGUUGAGAUAUUUCUUAACCAGCGCCAAAAGAUCAGCAGGGACAGAGCUUGCUAUGUGAUGGAUGAGCUAACUGCCUUGGAGAAGAAAAGGCUGCAAAAGUUUACGCUUAAUUUCACCGGUUUGAACCCACUGUGUUUCAAUGGUAGUGUUAUUUUAGACAAGCUAAAGAAGCUGUUUUCUCGAAAACCUUCGUCGGAAAUUGUUUUUAAUUUGAGCUGCAUUGAUCUGAACCAGUGCAAUAUUGCAUUUGACAACGAUCUCCUUUCAAUCAUCGCUCUCCAACAUCAGUUUCUGCGAAUCGUCCGUCUUCAAAAUUCUUGUUUGAUUGACAAUGUUACACCGGAAGGAGUUCUAAAGCUUGUCAAGUCCUGCCCACUACUGACAGAGCUGCACACUUUCUAUCACUGUGUGAAUGCUGGGGUCUUGGAAGCUUUCUGUGCAGAAGAUCGAUCUGCGAUAAAAAGAAUUUCACUCCUAUGCAACCGUAGUGACAAGUACAAUGAGAUGAUACCACGUGAGGCAUGGCACCGUUUCUCCUUGACACUGCCCGGUGCCGAAGUCACGGUACGAUUUCACCACUCCAUGCCACACCACAUUAUAAUACCUUUGCUGUGUGAAGGAAUUCCUUUAGUUUCCCUACAUUUAAAAGUAUAUGGCUGGCUCACUGAUGAACUGGUUCAUAUCGGAGUAACGUUUUCCUCCAGCCUAAAAUAUCUUUCUUUUCACACUAGCAUGGAUAUAAGACGUAAAGCUCCACCAGGCCUUGACAUUGCACUCUUAGACUUGGUAUCUAGAUGCUCAAAGCUUGAAGCACUGCACUGUUACUGCACCUUAAGUGAUGAAGUAAUUGAUAAAAUCAAAAAGACAAGAACCCUUAAGACCAGCACUCUGUAUUCCACAGCACCAGAUGAAGAAACUGAACUGUAGCCAUAAUAAUAAUGAAGCUGCAUUAUUGCACAUUUAAAGUAUUCUGUAAUUGUUUUUUUUUUUAUUUUAAUUCAUUUUAAUUGCACUUCAUUUCAUGUAUGCGUUUUCCUAUUUUAAUAUGUUUCCAUUUUCGUAAAGAAUCUCUAGCCUUUACUACGCAACGUACAGAAUGUAGCAUUUACUUUGCAGUAUUCACAAGUGCCACGCUCAGCUUAAGUUCUUGGUUUUGCAUGCAUGUUCCAUUGUGCCUUACUUUUAACCAUUUAUUGGGAAAACUAUUCGUCUGGUGAGUUUACACUUUGUCGCUUUUUCGUCCAUUUUGUUUUUUGCAAUUUUCUUAGGCAUGCGCAGUAUUAUAAAUAGUAAGUACCUAAUUACUUUUUCAAAUGCAUGACAGUAUUAAGUCUCACGCUGCAGCCUACACUGACAAAUAAAACCUGACAAGCAUAUUA